CGUCAAACGUCAGGUGCAACGUGUCCAUUUUAGUACGUCACUUUGUUUUAGAAAGACAACUGUGUUUUUUAAAAGGCUUAAAAAAUGGAAUUGGGGCCCACGGCGAGUCAAAUUGACGAAGUGUUUCACCGUUUACGUGCAAUACCCGCAAAUAAGAUGUGUUUCGAUUGUAACGCGAAGAAUCCCACUUGGUCGAGUGUAACAUAUGGUGUUUUUAUCUGUAUAGACUGUUCGGCUGUACAUAGAAGUCUUGGAGUUCAUUUAACCUUCGUCAGAUCUACACAACUUGAUACAAAUUGGACAUGGGUUCAAUUAAGGCAAAUGCAACUAGGUGGAAAUUCGAAUGCUUUACAAUUUUUUAAUCAACAUAAUUGUAAUACAACUGACGCCCAAAAGAAGUAUAAUUCAAGAGGAGCCCAAUUAUAUAGAGAUAAAUUGAAUCAAUUGGCAUUAACUGCCUGUAAAAAUACAUCGGAGUUACAUCUUCAACCGCACAUUGAGGAACCUAAGGAGGAUAAGGAGGUUGAUUUCUUUAGCGAACACGAAAAUUUCGUUCCCGAAGAAUAUUCAUUAGGACCACCCCAGCCCGUAAUUCGAACAGCUCCACAAACCACGGCAAAUACUCUCUUAGAAGAAGGUCCCAAAGUCGAUUUUUCCACACAUUAUGGACGUGACGAGUCAAAGUCAAAUAUUACUAGUCGAAAACCGGCUUCAAGAAAACCUGGUUUGGGUGGAAAAAAAGGUGGUCUUGGGGCUCAACGUGUAAAAACAAACUUUGCCGAUAUCGAACGACAAGCAGCUUUAGCCGAAGAAUCAAGAUUACGAGCUCAUGAAGAAGCCGUAAAAGCAGCGGAACUCUCCGAGAAAGAAAAAGAAGAAAGAGAUGCAGCGGUGAGACUCGCUUACAAAGACCUCAGUGUGCAACAACAACAAAAGGAGGAGCAAAUGAAGAAAGUUGAUCCGAAAAAAGCGGAACAACUCGAACGUUUAGGGAUGGGAUUAAAUACGAGGUCGGGAAUAAGUCAUUCGGCUUUUAGUGACAUGAAAACGAUUACCCAGGAAAAUGCACAGACGAGUUCGAGUGCUGCUUUAUUAAGCAAAAUGAGUAUAAAUUCGUCUUUGGACGAUAAAGAUGGAUUCUUUGAUGAAUAUUCGUUUUCGAGUGGAUUUAGUAUGGAUAGAAAUAGUGGAAAUUCGACGAAUAAGACUUUGGAUUAUUUGUUAUCGCAAAAUAAGUCGAGUUCGUCGUCAUCUAAUUGGGGGUCAAGUUCGAAUGUUGGGGAUGAUUUUGAGAAAAUAGAUAAACCAAAACCAAGAAUGUCUGAAAAACAUCCUCGUAGUGUAGAUAAUUCCGAUAUUGCCCAAAAGAAAUUUGGUCAAGCAAAAGCGAUCUCUUCCGAUCAAUUCUUCAAUGACAAUCGCAAUGAUUAUGAAGCUAAAAUGGAACUUAGUAAGUAUCAAGGGUCAACCAGUAUUUCUUCAGCGGAUCUCUUUGGUAAUGGAAAUCAAAAUCAAAGUUCGAAUCAAUCAUUCCACACCCCGGAUUUAGACGAUGUUCGGGAAAGCGUUCGACAGGGAGUUACGAAAGUUGCGGGAAAAAUCAGUUCCUUAGCAAAUGGCGUUAUGUCUUCCUUACAAGAAAAGUAUGGUUACUAGUAUUUACUUCUUGUGGCUGGUAAUUAAAACUACUGGUUAAUAUAAAUAGAAUAUGUUAUCUUGCAAUGGACAACACACACACCAAAUAGAACGAGCAUAGGAUGAAAGACUUAAAAAAAUUAUUCUUCAUUGCGUCCAUUAUCCACUUUUUCUUUUCUAAAACAUAGUGAAAUGGUAACCUUUUUUAACAAAAUAAAUGUUUUCAUUUGUAUGGUUAUAUUAGCGAAAAAUGAUGAAAAUAAGAGUCGCUACUUUUUACAUUUAUCGUUAUGAGGAAAAGGAUAUCGUUUAAAAUCAUUCUUACGACUUUCCUUUGAAAAUGUAGAAAUUUGAGGAUCUUGAUUUUAAGUGUUUUAUUGGGAAAGUUGUAAGGAUGAACCCUUUAAUUAUACAUAUUUAUAACUACUUUUUAGAGAUAAUGUGUGGUUAUAUAAAUAUAUUUGUUUUUAAAGAAAAUAAACUUUGGUAGUGUAUAUAAAAAUAAAAA